AUGUCUAAUAAUAAUCUUUCAGCAAAAGAUGAAGCAUUAUUAGUACUUGAAUAUCUUGAAAAUGAACGCAUGUCAAAUACAUUUUUAAAUUUUCUUGAUGAAAAUAAACAUCUUCAUGAACUUCGUUCACGUCUUUAUGCUAAUUAUGAUAAUCCUCAACAAAUAAAUAAUAAUGAUGAUGAUUCAGAAGUUAAUGAAUUUCAAACAUUUUUUAAUUUAUCAAAAAAACUUGUAUCACAAUUAAAUGAUCAACCAACAACAUUUUUAUCAACUAAAAGCUCCAAUGAUUUAUUUUUUGAUGAUGAUUUUUUAAAUGAUUUAAUUAGUUAUACACCACCAAUGGAUUGUCAACAAGAUUUAUCUGAUACACCAUUAAUUAAUCAUGAAAAUCAGCAUAUGAAUUCUAUAGAACAAUUAUUUGCUAUAGAACAUGACACACCAUCUCAUCAAACAGUGCAUGGCACAUCUGAUACAUCAUCUAAUCAAACAGUACACUGUACAUCGGAUACACCAUCUCGAUUAACAUCAUAUACAAAAUGUAUUGUUGUUACACAAGAUUUUCUUCAAUCCAUGUAUAAUCAACAAUCAACUGUAACGAAUAAUAACAAUAGUAAUAGUAAUUCGAUUCAUAAACCAAAACGUCGUAGACGAAGAUUAAAAGUUGGAAAGGAAAAUUAUUCUCAACAACGAAAGAUUAUGCCAAGAACAUCGCCUGAACAUCGUUAA